CGUCAGCCGCUGGCAUUGAAUAAGCCAGGGAUGUGCGACAAUAAUUUUCCAGUUUUCAGCGAGCAAUUCGCAUUCGCACCACACCCAACAACUCAACUGCUGGGGAGUUGUCCCCGUGCCGAUGCCGACCGCGGCCCAACCCUCACCAGGAAGCGCGCCGGUGAAAAUGACGAGCGAAGUCCUUGAGGCGCGCCUCGCCGAGUUCGGCCAGCAACACCUGCUCGACUUCUGGCCGCACUUGACCGACCACGAAAGAGACGAGCUCGCCCAUGAAAUCGAAACGCUCAAUCUAGAGGAAGUAACGCGCUUUUUCAAGCGCACCAUUUCGUCCAUUCCAAACGAGGAAGAGAAAUUGGACGACCGCCUGCAACCUGUGCCGGAAGAGUUUUUCGGCUCUGCAAUUAGGACGAAUGAAAAGUUGCUCCAGCGUUAUGAACACAUUGGGCUGGAAAAGAUCGCGCUUGGCCGCGUGGGGGUGCUGCUGCUGGCCGGCGGCCAGGGCACCCGGUUGGGCGUCGACUACCCCAAGGGCAUGUACAACGUGGGCCUGCCGUCGCAGAAAACUCUCUACCAGAUCCAGGCCGAGCGCAUCCGCAGACUCGAGGAGAUGGCCUCGCAGAGGUUCAACGGCAUCCAAGGAAACGGAAUCGCUUGGUACAUUAUGACGAGCGAGCACACGAAGGAACCGACCCUCGAGUUCUUCGCCAAGCACAACUACUUCGGCCUGAAGAAGGAAAACCUGGUGGUGUUCGAACAGGGCAUGCUGCCGUGCUUCACCUUUGACGGAAAAAUCAUCCUCGACUCCAAGUCCAAAAUCGCCAAGUCUCCUGACGGAAACGGUGGACUGUACAGAGCGCUGCGCGAGAAGAAGAUCUUGGACGACGUGGAGAGGCGCGGAAUCGAGUACCUGCACGUCUACUGCGUCGACAACAUUCUCGUCAAGCUUGCCGACCCUAUUUUCAUGGGCUACGCCAUCGACAAGGGCGCCGACUGCGCAGCCAAGACUGUGGAGAAAUCGCAGCCAGAGGAGGCCGUGGGAGUGGUGUGCCGGGUGGACGGUAAGUACCAGGUGGUCGAGUACAGUGAGAUUACCCUCGAGACGGCCGAGAAACGCAACCAGGACGGCAGACUCACCUUUUCCGCCGGCAACAUCUGCAACCACUUCUUCACCACUUCGUUCCUCCGCGACAUCAUCGACAACCAAGAACACUCGCUGAAGCACCACAUCGCCAAGAAGAAGAUCCCGACGGUCGACGAGCUGGGCAACCGCUUCACGCCCAAGGCGCCCAAUGGCAUCAAAAUGGAAAAAUUUGUCUUUGACGUUUUCCAGUUCUCUAAGAAAUUCGUGGUGUGGGACGUGGUGCGCGAGGAGGAGUUCAGUCCGCUGAAGAACGCGGACGGCGCGGCCAAGGACACGCCGACCUCGGCCAGACACGACCUGUACUCGCUGCACGAACGCUACUUGCGCGCUGCUGGAGGCAUUUUCAUCGACAAGAGCAACACCAUCAUUCCUCCCCUAACCAAUGGUGUCAACGGCACCAACGGACACGAGGCCAACAACAAUGACAUUGAGAAAUGCGGUUUGAAGCGGCCGGAAGUGAUCAUCUGCGAGAUUUCGCCGCUGGUGUCGUACGCAGGGGAAGGCCUGGCCGAGCUGGUGGCCAACAAGAAGCUCCAACAGCCCUUCCUCCUCAGGGCAAACGAAGAGCACUGAUCCACUAAUUAGUUACUGCGCUUCUGCGAACGUGUGAAAACGAGUUUGAUUGAUUGGACAUGAGUUGGAGGAAUUAAUGCGUGGACAAACGCCGUCUCUUUCCAUAUUUUUAUACAUAAAUUGUUGAUAUAUUAGCUUUAAGAUUGCAUUUCGGGAGGAAAAUUCAAAAACUUCCUUUUAAUAAGUGCCUUUUUACAUACAGAACUUUUUUAUCUGACAGUAAAAUAUAUGAAUGAUAAAAUAA